AUGGAGUUAACAUCGCCCUCCCCCACCUUCUCUGCACCGCCCCCACCUUCUCUUCUCUGCACCGCCCCCACCUUCUCUUCUCUGCACCGCCCCCACCUUCUCUUCUCUGCACCGCCCCCACCUUCUCUUCUCUGCACCGCACCCUCACCUUCUCUUCUCUGCACCGCCCCCCACUAUCUCUUCUCUGCACCGCCCCCACUAUCUCUUCUCUGCACCGUCCCCCCACCUUAUCUGCACCGCCCCCACCUUCUCUGCACCCCCCCACUAUCUCUUCUCUGCACCGCCCCCCACCUUCUCUGCACCGCCCCCCAAUAUCUCUUCUCUGCAUCGCCCCCACCUUCUCUGCACCCCCACCUUCUCUGCACCGCCCUCCCCACCUUCUCUUCUCUGCACCGCCCCCCCCACCUUCUCUUCUCUGCACCGCCCCCACCUUCUCUUCUCUGCACCGCCCCCACCUUCUCUUAUCUGCACCGCCCCCACCUUCUCUUAUCUGCACCCCCACCUUCUCUUAUCUGCCCCCCCCACUAUAUCUUCUCUGCACUGCCCCACCUUCUCUGCACCACCCCCACCUUCUCUGCACCGCCCCCACUAUCUCUUCUCUGCACCGCCCCCACCUUCUCUGCACCGCCCCCAAUAUCUCUUCUCUGCACCCCCCACCUUCUCUGCACCGCCCCCACCUUCUCUUCUCUGCACCGCCCCCACAUUCUCUUAUCUGCACCACCCCCCCACCUUCUCUUCUCUGCACCGCCCCCACCUUCUCUUCUCUGCACCGCACCCUCACCUUCUCUUCUCUGCACCGCCCCCCCACCUUCUCUUCUCUGCACCGCCCCCCACCUUCUCUUCUCUGCACCGCCCCCCCCACCUUCUCUUCUCUGCACCGCCCCCACCUUCUCUUCUCUGCACCGCACCCUCACCUUCUCUUCUCUGCACCGCCCCCACUAUCUCUUCUCUGCACCGCCCCCACUAUCUCUUCUCUGCACCGUCCCCCACCUUAUCUGCACCGCCCCCCACCUUCUCUGCACCCCCCCACUAUCUCUUCUCUGCACCGCCCCCACCUUCUCUGCACCGCCCCCAAUAUCUCUUCUCUGCAUCGCCCCCACCUUCUCUGCACCCCCCACCUUCUCUGCACCGCCCUCCCCACCUUCUCUUCUCUGCACCGCCCCCCACCUUCUCUUCUCUGCACCGCCCCCACCUUCUCUUCUCUGCACCGCCCCCACCUUCUCUUAUCUGCACCGCCCCCACCUUCUCUUCUCUCCACCGCCCCCACCUUCUCUUAUCUGCACCGCCCCCACCUUCUCUUAUCUGCACCCCCCACCUUCUCUUAUCUGCACCGCCCCCACUAUAUCUUCUCUGCACUGCCCCCCCCACCUUCUCUGCACCACCCCCACCUUCUCUGCACCGCCCCCACUAUCUCUUCUCUGCACCGCCCCCACCUUCUCUGCACCGCCCCCAAUAUCUCUUCUCUGCACCCCCACCUUCUCUGCACCGCCCCCCCCUUCUCUUCUCUGCACCGCCCCCACAUUCUCUUAUCUGCACCACCCCCCACCUUCUCUUCUCUGCACCGCCCCCCACCUUCUCUUAUCUGCACCGCCCCCACCUUCCCUUCUCUGCACCCCCACCUUCUCUUAUCUGCACCGCCCCCACACCUUCUCUUAUCUGCACCGCCCCCACCUUCUCUUAUCUGCACCCCCCACCUUCUCUUAUCUGCACCGCCCCCCACUAUAUCUUCUCUGCACUGCCCCCACCUUCUCUGCACCACCCCCACCUUCUCUGCACCUCCCCCACUAUCUCUUCUCUGCACCGCCCCCAAUAUCUCUUCUCUGCACCGCCCCCCACCUUCUCUGCACCCCCCACUAUCUCUUCUCUGCACCGCCCCCAAUAUCUCUUCUCUGCACCGCCCCCCACCUUCUCUGCACCCCCCACCUUCUCUGCACCCCUCCCCACCUUCUCUUCUCUGCACCGCCCCCACCUUCUCUUAUCUGCACCGCCCCCACCUUCUCUUCUCUGCACCGCCCCCACCUUCUCUUCUCUGCACCGUCCCCCCACCUUCUCUUAUCUGCACCCCCCACCUUCUCUUAUCUGCACCGCCCCCACACCUUCUCUUCUCUGCACCCCCCACCUUCUCUUAUCUGCACCGCCCCCACUAUCUCUUCUCUGCACCGCCCCCACCUUAUCUGCACCACCCCCACCUUCUCUGUGUUCGCCAUAUUUGAAGAUGACAGUGAGGGUAAGACCCACGCCUCGGCUAAUAAAGGCACUCUGUGA